AUGGACAUCAACCAGGUGUUGGAGGGGACCUAUGCUGCCGACGCUAGCAUCCGUAACAGCGCAGAGCAGCAGCUCAUCCAGGCAGCCGACUCCAACUUUCCUCAAUACCUUACCGUCCUCGGUGGCGAACUCGCAAAUGAACAAGCCCAGCCCCAGAUCCGACAGGCCGCCGCCCUGGCCCUGAAGAACGCUUUCACCGCCCGCGAGUAUGCCCGGUUACGUCAGGUCCAAGAACGAUGGCUCAACCUCGACACCCAGAUCAAGCAGCAGGUCAAGGAGAUGGCCCUGCGUACUCUGGCUACACCAAACAAGAAUGUCGGCUCAGCUGCCGCUCAGUUCAUCGCCUCCGUCGCCGCUAUCGAGAUACCCCGCAAUCAAUGGCCGGAGCUGAUGACCACGCUCGUCGAGAGUGUCGGUCAGGGCACCGACGCCCAGAAGCAAUCUUCACUUACCACAAUUGGUUUUGUUUGUGACACAGACGACGUAGAGCUGAGGGACGCGCUAGCACAUCACUCCAACGCUAUCUUGACGGCGGUUGUCCAAGGUGCCCGCAAGGAGGAGACCAACAACGACGUCCGUGUAGCGGCCAUCAACGCGCUCAGCGACUCAAUCGAGUUUGUGCGUUCAAACUUCGACAAUGAGGGCGAGCGCAACUACAUCAUGCAGGUCAUCUGCGAGGCCACACAAGCGGAAGACAGCCGCAUUCAGCAGGGCUCGUACGGGUGUCUCAACCGCAUCAUGGGUCUCUACUACGACAAGAUGCGCUUCUACAUGGAGAAGGCGCUAUUUGGCCUUACCAUCCAAGGCAUGAAGAGCGACGAGGAGGAUGUUGCCAAGCUGGCUGUCGAGUUUUGGUGCACCGUCUGCGAGGAGGAAAUUGCUAUCGAGGACGACAACACACAGGCACAAGCCGAGGGCUCAACCGAGCUUAGGGAGUACUUCAACUUUGCACGAGUUGCCACACAAGAGGUUGUUCCAGUGUUACUAGAGCUACUUGCCAAGCAGGACGAGGAUGCCGACGACAACGAAUACAACACCUCCCGCGCGGCAUACCAAUGUCUACAGCUCUGGGCACAAUGUGUCGGUAGCGGUGUCAUGCCGCCAGUUCUCGCUUUCAUCGAGAAGUACAUCCGCUCCGAAGACUGGCACUACCGGGAUGCGUCCGUUUCCGCCUUCGGUGCCAUCAUGGAAGGUCCUGAGGAGUCGGUGCUUGACCCGAUUGUUAAGCAGGCUCUGCCUACUUUGAUCGGAAUGAUGGACGACCAGAACAUCCACGUCAAGGACUCCGCCGCCUACGCUUUGGGCCGUAUCUGCGAGGCUGUUCCUAGUGCGCUCGACGCACAGCAGCAUCUGCCUCCUCUGAUCGGAGCUCUGUUCAACGGUUUGGCCAGCAACCCCAAGAUGGCUGCAUCCUGCUGUUGGUCGUUGAUGAACUUGGCCGACAGGUUCGCAGGAGAGCCCGGAUGCCAAACUAACCCAUUGUCGCCCCAUUUCGCUCAGAGUGUGCAGAGCCUUUUGCAGGUUACCGAGCGAGCUGAUGCUGACAACACCCUCCGCACAGCAGCAUACGAAGUACUCAACUCCUUUGUCAACAACGCCGCCGGCGACAGUGUUCCUCUAGUCAACGAGCUUUCCAACGUCAUUCUAGAGCGCCUGGAGAAGUCUAUGGCACUUCAAUCUCAGGUUGUCAACGUUGAGGACAAGCUGACUCUCGAAGAGAUGCAGACCAGCUUGGCCAGUGUCAUCAUGGCCAUCAUCCAGCGAUUGGAGAGCGACAUUAGGCCCCAAUCCGACCGUAUCAUGCAGGCGCUGCUGAGCCUUCUAUCGUCUCUGCCUCCCAAGUCCAGUGUUCCAGACACUGUUUUUGCCGCCAUCGGUUCGAUCGCGACCGCGCUCGAGGAAGACUUCCAGAAGUACAUGGAGGCGUUUUCUCCAUUCCUGUACAACGCCCUGAACAACCAGGAAGAGCCUGCGCUCUGCUCCAUGGCCAUUGGACUGGUGUCCGACAUCACCCGAUCCCUAGGCGAGAACGUUCAGCCCUUCUGCGAUGCGUUCAUGAACUCCCUUCUUCACAACCUCCGCAGUCCUCAACUCGGCAACCAGCUUAAGCCGGCUAUUCUCCAGUGCUUCGGUGACAUCGCGCAUGCUAUCCACGGUGCGUUCGAGACUUACCUAGCUGUCGUUGCUCAGGUGCUACAACAGGCUGGUCAAGUCACGUUGACCACCGAGGGCAACUACGAGAUGAUUGACUACAUCACCUCUCUCCGGGAGGGCAUUAUGGACGCAUGGGACGGAUGCAUUGUCGCCAUGAAGAGCAGCAACAAGACUCAACUCAUCGUUCCUUACCUUGACUCGAUUUUCGAUCUUCUCCGCACGAUUCAACAGGACAGCAACCGCACCGAAGCUCUUCUCCGAUCUUCAUGCGGUGUUAUUGGUGAUCUUGCGGAUGCAUUCCCAGCUGGUGAUUUCAGGGAGUACUUCCGCCAUGAGUUCCUUACCGCAAUGGCGAGGGAGACACGUGCAAACGCGGACUUCAGCGGCCGAACACGAGACACCGCUCGAUGGGCACGUGAACAGAUCAAGCGUCAAGUCGGUACGUCGCUCCGCAACAACCCCUACCUCCGUCCUGGUCCUCUUUAA